AUGGGCAUGGCCCUUUACCGCAGGGCCGUGCUCGCUGCCUCCUUCCGCCGCCCCUCCGCCAUCCGCGCUGCCGCCGCGCGUCUCUCUUCCUCCGCGCGCCUCGCUCCCACUGCGCGUGCCGGCAUCCUGUUGCCUUCACCCCGCCGAUUCCCCGCGCACACAUCCCGCGCAGCCCUACUAUGUAGCCCCUCCGCGGCCUCCGCGCGGCACCUUGACCUUCCCAGGAGCUUCCGCGCAUCACUGUGCGCGCCUAGGGCGCUCGCGGGGAUUGGCGGAAGCGAAAGGCAGCUGCUGGCCUCCGCCCGCAGCGGAGACAGGGGCGCAGGAAUCGGCGCAAUAAGGGGUGUGUCCAUCGGCGCGGGUAGCGGCGCAGCAGACGCGCAGCUGCGGACGGCGGAGGGGAAGGAUGGCGGCGCGGAGGCCGUGCGGGCCAGCGCGUCCGGGGGGGCAGAGGGGGGGAAGGAGGGGCGGGGCAAGGCGAGGGCGGGGAAGAAGAGCAGAUCCAGCUACGGCGCGGAGCACAUUCAGGUGCUGGAGGGGUUGGAGCCGGUGCGGCGGCGGCCAGGCAUGUACAUCGGCAGCACCGGGCCCCGAGGCCUGCACCACCUGGUGUACGAGGUGGUGGACAACGCCAUCGACGAGGCGCAGGCGGGCCAUGCGAGCACGGUGGACGUGCUGCUGGGGGCGGACGGGUCCGUGUGCGUCACUGACAACGGCCGCGGGAUUCCAACGGACAUCCAUCCAUCAACGGGCAAGUCGGCACUGGAGACCGUGCUCACAGUGCUGCAUGCGGGCGGCAAGUUCGGGGGCGACUCAAGCGGUUACGGCGUGUCGGGGGGGCUGCACGGCGUGGGAGUGUCGGUCGUCAACGCUCUCUCUCAGUGGCUGGAAGCACGCGUGUGGCGGGACGGGCGGCAGUACUCGCAGCGGUUUGAGAGGGGCGUCCCAGUGGGGGGGAUGAGGGUGGAGGAGGAGGAGGGUGCAGGGGCACACGAGGGGGAGGCGCAGCGCACAGGCACUCAAAUACACUUCCUGCCAGACCCCACAGGUGCUGCUGCAACCGCUGUCUUCACCACCACCACCGCCUUUGGCAUCACCACUAAACUUCGUCCACCACGCGCUUCUCCUUCCCCUGCCGCCCAUGCUCCCGCGCAUCCUGCACUGCUUACCACCAUCACCGCCUUUCACUUCAUUGCCCAACCAUUCCUCUCGUCCCUUUCACUCCUUGCGUGGUGCACCACCACCAUCGCCACAUUGGCAUCACCCUGUUCACCACGACCACGACCACGACCCUGGACUGCACCACCAUUGCUGCCAGUGACAUCCCUCGAUCUCACCCCCACCCUUAUUCCCCUGCCCCAUGCUCCCCUCGUCCCAUCCUCUCCUCCCCCGCCAGUGUUCACCACCACCACGGCCCUGGACUUCACCACCAUCGCGGCGCGCCUCAGAGAGCUCGCCUUCCUCAACCCCCAGGCAAGCAAUCCCCUCGUGGUGAUUCACCUGAAGGAGGAGGGGGGGCGGUCAGCGGACUUCCACUUUGCGGGCGGGCUGCUGGAGUUUGUGCGAUGGCUCAACAGCGAGAAGACACCAAUGCACGAGGCGCAGUGGGUGGAGGAGGAGAGGGACGGCGUGGGCGUGGCGGUGGCGUGGCAGUGGAGCGUGGACGCGUACAGCGACAGCGUGGUGGGGUAUGCCAACAGCAUCCGCACCUCCGAUGGCGGCACCCACAUCGACGGUGCCAAGGCCGCCUUCACCCGCACCCUCAACGCUGCUGCCCGCAAGCAGAGGCUGCUCAAGGAGAAGGAGGAGAACCUAGCAGGCGAGCACCUGAGGGAGGGGCUCACGUGUGUGGUGGCCGUUAAAGUGGCCAACCCCGAGUUUGAAGGCCAGACCAAGACGCGGCUGGGAAAUCCGGGAGUGCGGAAGGUGGUGGACGGGGUGGUGAGCGACGCCCUGGCAGCAUUCCUGGACGCCAACCCGGCAGCGUGUGAAGCCAUCCUCACCAAGGCACUCGACGCCUACAAGGCUGCCGAAGCAGCGAAGAAGGCUCGGGAGUUGGUCCGGCGGAAGAGUGUGUUGAAGUCGGCCAUGCUGCCGGGCAAGCUGGCGGACUGCUCGUGUGAAGACCCCGCCAAGUCAGAGGUGUUCAUCGUGGAGGGGGACUCGGCCGGUGGCAGCACAAAGCAGGGCCGCGACAGACGCCUUCAGGCGGUGCUGCCCCUGCGCGGCAAGAUCCUGAACGUGGAGCGCAAGGACGACGCGGCCAUCUACAAGAACCUGGAGCUGCAGAACCUCAUCCUUGGUCUGGGGCUCGGGCUAAGGGGCGAGGAGUUUGAUCAGAAGGCGCUGCGCUACCAUCGCAUCAUUCUGCUCACCGAUGCUGACGUGGACGGCGCUCACAUCCGCACCCUGCUCCUCACCUUCCUCUUCCGCUACCAGAGAGCGCUCUUUGAGAACGGCCACGUCUAUGUCGGCGUCCCCCCUCUCUACAAGGUGGAGGUGGGGCGGCAGGCACCGGUGUACUGCUACAGCGAGGCAGAGCUGCAGGUGCACCUGCGCUCCCUGCCCGCCUCCGCGUCCCCAACCAUCCAGCGCUUCAAAGGGCUGGGCGAGAUGAUGCCGACACAGCUGUGGGAGACGACGCUGGACCCCAGCCAGAGGCGGCUGAAGCUCAUCACGGUGGACGAUGCGGCACAGGCCAGUGUCACCCUCUCCGUGCUCAUGGGGGAUAAGGUGCGGUCGUGGGGGAUAAGGUGCGGUCGUGGGGGAUAA